CGCACCCCUGGCUCACAUUAUCCGUUCCUACCCGGCGCAUGUUAGCAAGCACCUGCCAUUUCGGUCAUCUAUUACCAUGACCAUGACCUCCUCCGUUCAACCGGGUCGAGUAAGGGUCCUCAAGGAAGGUCGUAGACCGUCAGAUGGGAAGGCUGCGGGUCCCGUCGUUUACUGGAUGUUCAGAGAUCAACGGUCGAGGGACAACUGGGCGCUGAUCCACGCCGUUGAUCAGGCCAACAAGGCCAACGUCCCCGUCGCCGUUGCUUUCAAUCUCUUCGACCAGUUUAAGGGCGCCAAAGCUCGGCAUCUCGGGUUUAUGCUCAGGGCUUUGCAAAAAUUGUGUCUUUCUCUUCAACAGACUCUUCAAAUUCCAUUCUUUUUGUUCCGGGGAGAAGCUGAAGAUACUAUACCGAAUUUCUUGAGUGAGUGUGGGGCUUCGCUUCUAGUUACGGACUUUUCUCCACUACGCGAAGUUAGGAAAUGUAAGGAGGAUAUUUGCAAAAGGGUUGGUGAUUCUGUGAGUGUUCAUGAAGUUGAUGCUCAUAAUGUGGUACCUGCUUGGUUGGCAUCCGAGAAAUUGGAAUAUAGUGCUAAGACCAUCAGGAGUAAGAUAAACAAGAGGCUUCCCGAAUACCUCAUUGAUUUUCCUACCCUUGAGCCGCCUGUUAGGAAAUGGGAUUCCACAAAUCAUGUGAUUGUCUGGGACGAAAUCAUUGCCGAGGCUUUGAGGAAAGGGGCAGAAGUUCCUGAAAUUGCAUGGUGUGAACCCGGUGAGAAGGCAGCAAUGGAGGUUUUGAUGGGUAGUAAGAAUGGAUUCUUGACGAAGAGGUUGAAGAAUUAUUCGACAGACAGGAAUAAUCCCUUGAAACCUAGUGCGCUUUCUGGCCUUUCUCCCUAUUUGCAUUUUGGACAAAUAUCUGCACAGAGGUGCGCCUUAGAGGCUCGUGCUGUUCGCAAGCUUAGUCCUCAGGCAGUGGACACAUUUUUGGAGGAGUUGAUCGUCCGCAGAGAACUUGCUGAUAACUUCUGCUAUUACCAGCCACAUUAUGAUUCACUUAAAGGAGCAUGGGAAUGGGCACGCAAGACUUUGAUGGACCAUGCUUCUGAUAAGCGAGAACAUCUUUAUACGAGAGAGCAACUGGAGAAGGCACAAACAUCUGAUCCUCUCUGGAAUGCUUCUCAAUUAGAGAUGGUGCACCACGGAAAGAUGCAUGGAUUUAUGCGGAUGUAUUGGGCAAAGAAGAUUCUUGAGUGGACAAGAAGACCUGAAGAAGCUCUUGAGAUAUCUAUAUAUUUAAAUGACAAGUAUGAAAUAGAUGGAAGGGAUCCAAAUGGGUACGUGGGUUGCAUGUGGUCAAUCUGUGGUGUUCAUGACCAGGGUUGGCGGGAACGACCAGUGUUCGGGAAGAUACGUUACAUGAAUUUUGCAGGGUGCAAAAGGAAAUUUGAUGUUGAUGGUUACAUUGCCUACGUCAAGAGGCUUGUGGGCGAAAUCAAGAAGAGAAAACCAGAGAAUCAGCUCAAUGGAAAGGCUAAGGAACUCCGUAGUUAGCAGCUUCAGCUUCUAACUGACUUAACUAUAAAACAUUAGUCUUCACUUUAUUACCAAAAAAAAAAAAAAGGAGAGAGAAAAUAUUAAUACUUAGCAACCACAGUUUAGCUUAUUUGAAAGUUAAGACAAGGGGAAAAAAAUGUUUGAAGCUCAUGUUUUUAUUGAUUGAAUUGAAGAUCUGUGUUUUUUGAUGUCUUAGACUAAGUUCAUCGUGACUUGAGUUGUGUAUGUGAGAAUAAAACACUAUAGUAAAAAAGUUAA